GCGCGCGCGCCCCAAGGAAGUGAACUGUCGUUGCUGAGGCUUUGACGGCCGCGACGUCGGGCCUCCCGGAGCGCAGCUGAUCCCGGAGCGCAGCUGAUCCCGCAGCGCAGCCGACAUGGAGCCCGAGCCCGAGCCCGAGCCCGUCACGCUCCUCGUGAAGAGCCCCAACCAGCGCCACCGCGACUUGGAGCUGAGCGGCGACCGCAGCUGGAGCGUGGGCCGCCUCAAGGCUCAUCUGAGCCGCGUCUACCCCGAGCGCCCGCGGCCGGAGGACCAGAGGUUAAUUUAUUCCGGGAAGCUCUUGUUGGAUCACCAGUGUCUCAGGGACUUGCUCCCAAAGCAGGAAAAACGGCAUGUUUUGCAUCUGGUCUGCAAUGUGAAGAGUCCUUCCAAAAUGCCAGAAACCAGCGCAAAGGUUGCGGAAGCCCCAGAGCAGCCUGCUGGCCUUAAUCAGGGACAGUAUCCUGGGGAUUCGCCAGGUGAUGGUUUAAGGCAAAGGGAGCCUCUUCGGAACCUUUCUCCCUCUGGAUGGGAGAACAUCUCCAGGCCUGAAGCUGCCCAGCCGGCGUUCCAAGGCCUGGGGCCUGGUUUCUCGGGCCUCACAACCUACGGGUGGCUGCAGCUGUCGUGGCUCCAGCAGGUGUACGCGCGGCAGUACUACAUGCAGUAUUUAGUGGCCACUGCUGCUUCGGGGGCUUUUGUGCCCUCACCAAGUGCCCAGGAGAUACCUGUGGUCUCCGCUCCUGCUCCAGCAGCUCCCAUUCACAACCAGUUUCCAGCGGAAAACCAGCCGGCCAAUCAGAAUGCUGCUCCUCAAGUGGUGGUUAAUCCUGGCGCCAAUCAGAAUUUGCGGAUGAACGCCCAAGGUGGCCCUAUUGUGGAAGAAGAUGAUGAGAUCAACCGAGAUUGGCUGGAUUGGACCUAUUCAGCAGCUACGUUUUCGGUUUUUCUCAGUAUCCUCUACUUCUACUCCUCCCUGAGCAGAUUCCUCAUGGUCAUGGGAGCCACCGUGGUUAUGUACCUGCAUCACGUUGGAUGGUUUCCGUUUAGACAGAGGCCGGUUCAGAACUUCCCGAAUGGUGGGCCUCCUUACGACGCUGUGAAUCAGGACCCCAACAAUAACUUACAGGAAGGCCCUGACCCUGAAAUCGAAGAUCCCAGCCACGGUCCUCCAGACAGGGAUGCUCUGGAUGGCGAGCAGACCAGCCCUUCGUUUAUGAGCACAGCCUGGCUUGUUUUCAAGACUUUCUUUGCCUCUCUUCUUCCAGAAGGGCCCCCAGCCAUAGCAAACUGAUGGUGUUUGCUCCCUGGCUGCUAGAGGCUUUGAUAAGUGUGGACUGGAUCGUCUGACUCCAGCUAGGUUUCCUCACCCAGACAUGGCAAUGGCACCAAAUUAGUAAAAGAGCCAACACGGAGGAUGCUAUGCUUUUGUGAUGAAGCAAAAGCAGAAAGUAAGACAUGAAGCCAUGAUACAAACUGAUGAACAAAAAAAUGCCCGAGGCUUCUCAUGUCUUUAUUCUGAAGAGCUUUAAUAUAUACUGUAGUUUCAUAGGCAUUGUAAGUAGAAGGCAUUAGUGUCGCAUGUUAUGCCUGAGGAACUUUUCCAGAUGUGUGUCUGCAUGUGUGUUUGUACAUAGAUGUCAUAGAUGCAGAAAUGGUUCUGCUGGUUUGAUUUGAUUCCUGUUGGAAUGUUUAAAUUACACUAAGUGUACUACUUUACAUAAUCAAUGAAAUUGCUAGACAUGUUUUAGCAGGACUUUUCUAGGAAAGACUUAUGUAUAAUUGCUUUUUAAAAUGCAGUGCUUUACUGUAAACCAAGGGGCACUUUGCACAGGUGGACACCUUUGCUGGGUUUUCUGUUCAAUAAAAUUUUGCCAUGAAUGACCCUG